AUGCACUUUGCAAUCAUUUUCCUCUUCGGUCUUCUCAUCGCCCCGUCGUGGGCAGGAGUCCCGGCAGUCUCUUCGGGCGGUGAUGCCUGCCAUUGCCCAGUCAUUCCCGAUUUGACUGCACUAGAGUGCAUCCUCGAUUUUGUCUCCCACGUGGAAAUCUUGGACAAGACGACUAAAACGGUGAAUGGGACGACUUUCAACGAGUAUACCCUCAAGCACAUUAAGAUCUACAAGGGUGGAGUCUCCCUUCCAACCGUUGUCCUCGUUCCACAAGGUCCGUGCGGAUUGGAGUUGGAGGUCAACCUUGAGUACCUUCUCUGCGGAGUGGUCACUGGGGACACCAAUCUCUACGCUAGCCUUUGUCUUCAAAUUUUGCAAGUCCUGUCACCGCUGUGGAGCCUGGUGGACGCCGAAUGUCUCCACGAACUAAGCCUCCUGAACACUGUCACCAACCUGGUUUGCCUUCUCCUCAAAGCCAUUAUCGAGCUGCUUUUUGGAAAUCUUAUUCCUUGUCUUCCCGGAAUCGAUUGCCUUGGUGGACUCACUGGGCCUUUC